GUAGUCGUAGCAGUACUCUACCCGUGCAUCCCCAGUGUCCGUUCCGUGCCAUUUGUGCUCUGAGCUCUCGGCGCGUCGGGGACUGGGGUUUCUCCAAGGCUUAAAAGGCGACCCCUGCACAUUCACGAGGCAGCGAUAGCAACCAGCGCUGCGCAACAAUGGCUGCCGGCAGCGCCACCUCGGGCUCCUGCGCGCUCCUCGUCUCCAUCCUUUCCGCCGCGCUCCUCUUCGGCGUAGGGGAGGCCGGGGCUGUGCGCAAGGCGGUCGACCCGGAGUGGCAUCAGGCCACCGCGACCUGGUACGGCAGCGCCGAGGGCGACGGCAGCGAUGGCGGCGCGUGCGGGUACGGGACGCUGGUGGACGUGGUGCCGAUGAAGGCCCGCGUGGGCGCGGUGAGCCCGGUGCUAUUCAAGUCCGGCGAGGGCUGCGGCGCCUGCUACAAGGUGAGGUGCCUCGACCGCGGCAUCUGCUCGCGCCGCGCCGUCACCGUCAUCGUCACCGACGAGUGCCCCGGCGGCUACUGCUCCCUGGGCCGCACGCACUUCGACCUCAGCGGCGCCGCCUUCGGCAGGCUGGCCGUCGCCGGCCACGCCGGCCAGCUGCGCAACCGAGGCGAGAUCUCCGUCGUCUUCCGCAGGACGCCGUGCAAGUACCGGGGGAAGAACAUCGCCUUCCGCGUGGUCGAGGGCUCCACGACCUUCUGGCUCUCGCUUCUGGUGGAGUUCGAGGACGGCGACGGUGACAUUGGAUCCAUGCAGCUCAAGCAGGCAAACUCGGCACAAUGGCAGGACAUGAAGCACAUAUGGGGUGCCACCUGGAGCCUCACGCCGGGCCCAUUGGUGGGACCGUUCUCUGUUAGGCUGACGACCCUAACUACAAAGAAGACCCUCUCGGCCCAGGACGUCAUCCCUAGGAACUGGACUCCCAAAGCAACAUACACAUCUCGUCUCAACUUCGCAUAGAGCACACCAUAUGAAACUAAGCCAAAGUUUCGUUAGCUUGUCAUUGUUCUUGUUGGGCUCAUAGUAGUCCCAUAGCCUUAUUUGAUUUCUGUGUAGCUCUGUGUGUGCGUGCGCGUGCGCGUGUAAUAUUGACAACAAGAUAGAGGGUGGGAAUAGGCAGCCCUCUCCGAAGUGGAGAGAGAGCAUGGUGGGGUCAGUGUUUCUAAUCGGAUGAAGCAAGGUGUGCAUUUAAAAAUAUUAUGUAUUUUUCGAUAAAAGGCUUUUCAUUGAAUUGAAA